AUGGGUAUCAAAGGUCUCACUAGCCUCAUCGUCGAGCACGCACCCGAGGCAAUUCAGGAGCACGACAUCAAGACUCUCUUCGGCCGCAAAGUCGCCAUCGACGCGUCCAUGUCGAUAUACCAAUUCCUCAUUGCCGUCCGUCAGAAAGACGGAGAGUUAUUGACGAAUGAUGCAGGAGAAACAACAAGUCAUCUCAUGGGCUUCUUCUAUCGCACAAUUCGCAUGGUAGAGAAUGGGAUCAAGCCGAUGUAUGUAUUCGAUGGCAAACCGCCAGAACUCAAAGCUGGCGUGCUUUCGAAGCGAUUGGAGCGGAGAGAAGAGGCGAAGGAGGAGGGUGAAGAAGCAAAGGAGACAGGUACCACCGAGGAUGUGGACAGAUUCUCAAGGCGCACCGUCAAAGUCACACGAGAGCACAACGAGGAGUGCAGGAGAUUGCUAGGACUGAUGGGCAUCCCAUUUGUUGUGGCGCCAUCGGAAGCCGAGGCGCAGUGUGCAGAGCUCGCACGGGGCGGAAAAGUAUACGCUGCGGGGUCCGAAGACAUGGACACGCUCACAUUCGCCGCGCCCGUCCUAUAUCGACAUCUUACCUUCUCAGAGGCUCGCAAGCAGCCCAUCAGUGAGAUCAACCUGUCGAAAGCUCUCCAAGGCCUCGACAUGAACAUGUCACAGUUCAUUGAUCUCUGCAUACUUCUCGGAUGCGAUUACCUUGAACCCAUCAAGGGUGUUGGUCCGAAGUCGGCACUCAAGUUGAUACGAGAAUACAGCGACCUCGAGACCGUCAUGGAGCACUUGCGGGACAAGACAGCCGCGAAAGAAGAGGCAGCGGACGAUGGUAAGAAGAAGAAAGGCGGUAUCCAGAUUCCUGAACAAUGGCCUUGGGAGGAGGCCAAGAAGGUAUUCGAGAAACCAGAUGUGACACCUGCGGAUGAGAUUGAGGUUGAGUGGAAGAACCCCGACAUCGAGGGUCUAGUUCAAUUUCUCGUCACAGAGAAGGGUUUCAAUGAGGAGCGUGUACGAAAGGGUGCAGAGAAGCUCGCAAAGUUCCUCAACGCAAAGCAGCAAGGUCGCUUGGAUGGGUUCUUCUCUGUCCAGGCGAAACCGCCGGCAAAGAAAGAAAAGGGCAAAGACACUGGUAAGGGCAAGGACACCGGAAAGGGCAAGGAUGCCGACAAGGGGAAGGGGAAGGGAACAAAACGAAAAGACACUGAUGGAAAAGACAAGAAGGAAGCAGGAAGUAGCAAAAAGGUGAAGACGAAGAAGUAG